CCGCGCCUGCGUCGCGGAGCGCCCACUUCCUGCAUAAAAAACCCUCUCUCCUCCGAGUCUCCAUUUGCAAUAGUACAAUACACCGUUCCCAGACACGCAAGAUCGUUCGGGGUUUCCCACGGUCAAACAAGAAGGCGCCGCCCCCGGAAAAUCUCCCACCACUCCCCGGCUGAGCGAGCGAGCGAGCGAGCGACCGGCGGCGGAGCAUGGAGGCCAGGUACGCGGAGCUGCGACGCGCGGUGGAGGAGACGCCGGCGGUGGACGCGCACGCGCACAACCUCGUCGACACGGCCUCCUCCCUCCCCUUCCUCCGCUGCUUCUCCGAGGCCGACGGCGACGCGCUCGCCUUCGCUCCUCACUCCCUCUCCUUCAAGAGAAGCAUCAAGGACAUCGCCGCAUUGUACGGCUGUGAAGCCUCGCUUGACAAGGUGGAAGAGUUCAGAAAGGCCCAAGGGUUGUCGUCUAUCAGCUCAAAAUGCUUCCAAGCUGCCAAUAUAUCCGCGAUCCUCGUGGACGAUGGCCUAGCAUUUGAUAAAAUGCUUGAGCUGGAAGCCCACAAGGAAUUUGUUCCCACAGUUGGCAGAGUUCUGAGAAUCGAAUGGCUGGCGGAGACGAUUAUUAACGACGAUUCAUUCAGUGGAUCAAGCUGGACGUUGGACUCAUUCACUGAAACUUUUGUGGCUAAGCUCAAAUCAGUUGCCAGCAAAAUUGUUGGGUUGAAAAGCAUUGCUGCAUACAGAAGUGGCUUAGAGAUUGAUCCAUGUGUUAGCAAGACAGAUGCAGAGGAUGGUCUUCGUAAGGAGCUAACAGGGCAAAGACCUCUUCGGAUUACAAAUAAGAGCCUCAUCGACUAUCUAUUUACUCGUAGUCUUGAUAUUGCUGUGCAGUGUCACUUACCAAUGCAGAUUCACACAGGCUUUGGAGAUAAAGACCUGGACUUGCGGAAGUGCAAUCCUCUACAUCUCCGUGCUGUUCUUGAGGAUGAAAGAUUCACCAAGUGUCAGUUAGUCCUUUUACAUGCUUCUUAUCCAUAUUCUAAGGAAGCAUCCUAUCUUGCAUCUGUUUACUCCCAGGUCUAUCUUGAUUUUGGUUUGGCAAUUCCAAAACUAAGUGUUCAAGGAAUGGUCUCAUCACUUAAAGAGCUUCUGGAGCUAGCUCCCAUAAACAAGGUCAUGUUUAGUUCAGAUGGAUAUGCUUUUCCGGAGACAUACUAUCUAGGAUCCAGGAGGGCACGUGAUGUUGUUUACCGUGUCCUAUCAGCUGCAUGUGAAGAUGGUGAUCUUAGCAUUCAGGAAGCUAUAGAUGCAGUUGAGGACAUCUUUAGAAGAAAUGCAUCGGAUCUGUACAAGUUGAACGUUGCCAAUGGGUCAAUUCACCAGAAAACGAUAGCUGACAAUAGGAUAGCAUCAUCUUGUGUUGAGCAAGAUGUGCUUUUUGUUCGCAUCGUCUGGAAUGAUGCUUCAGGCCAACAUAGAUGCCGCGUUGUCCCAGCCGGAAGGUUUUAUGAGAUUGCAAGGAAUAAGGGUGUCGGCCUGACUUUUGCAUCAAUGGGAAUGACUUCCUUCUGUGACGGCCCAGCUGAUGGAACAAACCUUACUGGUGUAGGCGAGAUCAGGCUUAUGCCAGAUAUGUCAACACUUUUGAGACUCCCAUGGUCAACACGUGAGGAAAUGGUGAUAGCUGACAUGCAAAUUAGGCCUGGAGAAGCCUGGGAAUACUGUCCUAGAUAUGCCUUAAGGAAAGUCACAAAAGUUCUGCUGGAUGAAUUCAAUGUGACAAUGAAGGCAGGUUUUGAGAAUGAAUUUUAUCUCCGCAGAAAAUUAGUAAGUGAGGGACAUGAGCGUUGGGUUCCAUAUGAUAAUAGCAGUUACUGCUCAACCUCAUCAUUUGAUGGUGCCUCAUCUAUACUACAAGAAGUGUAUUCUUCUCUUAAAGUGGCAAAUAUUGUGGUUGAGCAGCUGCAUGCCGAAGCUGGAAAAGGGCAGUUCGAGGUUGCCUUGAAGUAUGUCCUGUGCACUCUUGCUGCUGACAAUUUGAUAUAUGCUCGUGAGAUUAUUAAAUCUGUUGCUCGAAAGCAUGGGUUGAUAGCAACGUUUCUUCCAAAACCUGACCUGAAUGAUAUUGGAUCGGGCUCCCAUGUGCAUCUGAGUUUAUGGAAGAAUGAUCAGAAUGUUUUUAUGGGAUCAAAUGAAUACAUCCACUAUGGAAUGUCAAACGUUGGAGAACAGUUCCUUGCUGGAGUAUACCAUCAUCUUCCAUCAAUCUUGGCAUUUACUGCUCCUCACCCUAACAGCUACGAUCGAAUUCAGCCAAAUACAUGGAGUGGAGCUUACCUAUGCUGGGGGAAAGAAAACCGGGAGGCUCCAUUGAGAACCGCAUGCCCACCUGGUGUGCCUCUCGACAUGGUCAGCAACUUCGAAAUUAAAUCAUUUGAUGGGUGCGCAAAUCCACACUUGGGGCUUGCUGCUAUUGUCGCUGCUGGGAUUGAUGGACUUAGGAAAGGCCUUAAGUUGCCUGAACCAAUUGAAUCAAAUCCUGCAGAUUAUGCUACCAAACUUAAAAGGCUACCACAGGACCUUCUGGAAUCUGUAGAAUCACUUGCUGCAGACAAAACUUUGCAUGAGCUAAUCGGCGAUAAGCUUAUUACAGCCAUUAUCGCUGUGCGCAAGGCUGAGAUUGAUCACUACUCGAAGAACCCUGGGGCAUUUGGCGAUCUCAUUCACCGUUACUAAGACAGAAUACUUGUCUCAAGACCACUUUCUCGUUAAGCCGACAAAUAAUGUUGCCCAUGAAUUACUGAUUCUCAUCACUGGAUUUGCAGUCGUUGGUGUUUUUUCAGUUAAUAAUAAAGUGCUUUUAGAAUA